CGACACGAACUUAACGACGAGCUGUUGAAUUGCUCCUUCAGCUUCGUCGGACGUGAAAGAUGCGCAAUUGCUAUCACACUUGUAUAGAGUACCCUUGAGGCGAUACCAUCAUGGCUACGGCCGCCGUGAAAAGGAAAAUCGUCGUGUGCGGAGGCAAUGGCUUUUUAGGGACCCGUAUUUGCAGAGCUGCUGCGCAACGGGGAUGGGACGUGACAUCGAUUGGCCGCUCGGGCGAACCCUCAUGGUCGGCCGUCUCCUCCUCCUCCACCGCUCCCAAAUGGUCCAAAUCCGUAACCUGGACCGCCGCGAACAUCCUCCAACCAGACUCCUACAAGGAGCACUUGAAAGGCGCGGAUGCUGUGGUGCACUCCAUGGGCAUCCUGCUUGAGGCGGAUUACAAGGGCGUGAUCCAAGGGAAAGAGUCCCCGAUCCGCGGGCUCCAGAGGGCGUUCAGCGCCACGAAGCGGGGGAGUCAGAAUCCGCUGACCCGGAAGGAAGGGGAGGUGCUGAAGCCGCAGGAGGAGGAUGGGCAGUUGACAUAUGAGCUUAUGAAUCGAGACUCCGCAAUCACCCUCGCGCGCGAAGCCCAUGCCGCCAACUCCACCACCGCCUUCGUCUACAUCUCCGCCACUGCCGGCGCCCCCUUCCUCCCAUCCCGCUACCUCUCAACGAAACGCGACGCCGAGGCGACCAUCGCCGCCGAGUUCCCGUCGAUGCGCGAGAUCUUCAUCCGGCCGUCGUUCAUGUUCGAUUCGAGUCGGUCGUUCACGUUGCCGAUCGCGGCGGCCGGGAUGGUGGGGAGUAUGGUGAAUAGCGCGAUGGGGAGACGGUUGUCGUGGUUGAUUGGGGCGGGGGGGGAGAAGCCGUUGAGGGUGGAAGCGGUGGGGGAUGCGGUGGUGGAGGCGAUUGGGGAUGAGGGGGUGAGAGGAGUGGUGGACGUGGCGGAAAUUGACAGGUUGGCGACGAAGGCGUGGAGAAAGGGGAUGCUAUAAGACUAAGAGUUCGAUUAUAUGGCGGCGCAUGGAAGCGAUUACAAAGGUUACGCAUCUCAACAACUAUUGUCACGACUCAUCUGGUCUCCCGACUCCAUUCAAAUGGCCUCUCAUCAUUGAAGACUUUCAUGUAUAUUACAAUAGAAGAAACAAAACAUUCCCC